AAAUGAGUGAGGUUUGUUCAAAAUUUUUGCGGAGUUACGUGCUAGGCAAACUCAUCUCCUCUAGGCAACAGUUCCAAUCCAUGUGUCCCUCCAAGGACACAGCAAAUUCCUGUGUUAUUAUUUGUUGAAAAGUGGAGGAGAUGAAAUCCGAGACACUGAACCUGGUGCUGGUGAAUCUGGCGAGUAUUAUGCAGAGAGCGGAUGAGUCUCUGCUUCCAGGAGUGUACAAAGAGGUUGGUGAGGAUCUGAAGGCUGACCCCACUGCGUUGGGUUCGUUGACUCUCUUCAGAUCACUUGUUCAGUCUCUCUGUUACCCUCUCGCGGCUUACCUCGCCACCCGUCACAAUCGUGCGCAUGUCAUAGCUCUCGGUGCUUUUCUUUGGGCUGCUGCUACAUUCCUCGUUGCCAUCUCCUCCACCUUCUUACAGGUGGCAAUUUCAAGAGGUUUAAAUGGGAUAGGACUUGCCAUUGUUAUUCCAGCAAUUCAGUCCCUUGUUGCUGACUCAACCGUUGAUAGCAACCGUGGUAUGGCUUUUGGGUGGCUGCAACUAACAGGAAACUUAGGAAGCAUCAUUGGUGGUCUCUUCUCUGUACUAAUAGCCUCAACCACAGUCGCAGGUAUACCUGGUUGGAGAAUUGCCUUUCAUCUAGUUGCAUUGAUCAGUGUUAUAGUGGGUAUAUUGGUGCGCCUCUUCGCUAACGAUCCACACUAUUCAAAGAGCGAUGACACAGCAACAAAUCAAGCUCAAAAUAAGUCCUUUUAUUCUGAAAUGAAAGAUCUAAUGAAAGAAGCAAAGUCAGUUAUUAGAAUUCCAACUUUUCAGAUAAUUGUGGCUCAGGGAGUGUUUGGAUCAUUUCCCUGGUCAGGCUUGUCAUUUGCCACUCUUUGGUUAGAACUAAUAGGCUUCUCCCAUGUCACAACAGCGACCCUUUGGACCCUAUUCAUAGUUGCUGCUUCAUUUGGGUCUCUGUUUGGAGGGUGGAUGGGAGAUUUUUUAUCCCUACGGUUACCCAACGCUGGUAGAAUAAUAUUGUCACAAAUAAGCGCUGGUUCAGUCAUUCCUUUAGCAGCAAUUUUGCUGUUGGGAUUGCCUGAUGAUUCAUCCACUGCCUUCAUGCAUGGUCUUGUUUUAGUCAUCAUGGGAUUCACCUCAGCCUGGAAUGCUCCAGCAACUAACAAUCCAAUAUUUGCAGAAAUAGUCCCUGAGAAGUCCCGAACCGCUAUAUAUGCUUUGGAUUGUUCUUUUGAGUCCAUCUUGGCAUCCUUUGCUCCUCCUAUUGUUGGAUUAUUGGCUCAGCAUGUUUAUGGUUAUAGACCAAUCCCAAGCGGAUCCUCGGAUUCUGUGGAGAUUGAAACAGAUAGGGAAAAUGCUGCAUCUCUCGCCAAGGCACUUUAUACUGCAAUUAUAAUACCUAUGACAAUCUGCGUCUCCGUGUAUUCAUUGCUUUAUUGCACAUACCCAAGGGACAGGGAACGAGCAAGAAUGAUAUCAUUAGCCGAAUCAGAAAUGCAGCAGCUAGAAGUGGAAGAUGGCACAAAAGAAGAGUAUUGCGAAAUUCAUGAAUAUUUAGAGUCAAAUGUGGUGAAUGAUAAGGAAAGUAGCAAGUUUGAUAUUGAUUAUCCAAGGGAAGAGAGCGUCGACGUGGAUGAUGAUGAUAAGAAAGUUUUGUUGUCCUAGUAGUUCACAUUUGCAAGGAAGUUGAAUUGAUCAAAUGUUAUAUUAAUGUUUACCGUUGGAUAUCUUUUAUAUAUAUAUACAUUUGGGGGGGGGGGGGGAUUGGAUACCUUUUCAGAUCCAACAUAAUUAGACAAACAGGGGUGAAGCUUAUCUGUUAGGUGACUCCGGAAACUGUUGAUACUUGAUACCAUGUAUUUUCUUCUAAAUGGAUCAUAUUCAAUCAUUCUUGAUGUCUCAAAAGCCAAAAUCUCCUAGCACCUAGCAUGGUGAUUUCACUUUAUUUA